AUGAGUUUAAAACCUUUCACCUACCCAUUUCCAGAGACGAGAUUUCUUCAUGCAGGACCCAAUGUGUAUAAAUUCAAAAUUAGAUAUGGCAACAGCAUCAGAGGGGAAGAGGUAGAAAACAAGGAAGUCAUCGUCCAGGAGCUGGAGGAUUCUAUUCGUGCGGUCUUAGGAAACCUGGAUAAUUUACAGCCAUUUGCUACGGAACACUUUAUUGUAUUUCCCUAUAAAAGCAAAUGGGAAAGAGUAUCCCAUCUGAAAUUCAAACACGGGGAAGCUGUCUUGGUCCCUUAUCCAUUUGUUUUCACUCUGUACGUGGAGAUGAAAUGGUUUCAUGAAAAUCUGUCACCAGGAAAAUCAAUGAAUAGCAGUCCUCUUGGGUUGGUCCUGGCAGAGAGGAAAGCAGCAGAAACCGUGCUGAAGAAACGAAAACGCAGAGAAGUGCCCAGCUCCCCAGCCAGGCCAGGGCUGGACAGGGCCGAGAUGGGGACUUCCAGUCAAGGGCUCAGCAAAAAGAAGCCCCCUGUGGAAACCAGGAGGAACAGAGAAAGAAAAACCCAGCAAGAAUGCCAGAAGACCCCAGCGUUUGAUGUCACCGAUGUCCAGGACCAGGACUCUAAGUGGGAGGACAGCCUGGUAGGGAAGACUAUCCCACCAACGCAGCAAAACAAUCCACCUCCAGCUGAGGGACCCACAGAGCUGGGAACCAGUGGCUUCUUUGGGUUUCUGACCUCUCUCUUCCCGUUUAGGUAUUUCUUCAGAAAGAGCAGCCAGUGA